CGAGACCGGGCCGGCCCCGCACGGCACCGGCAGAGCGCGGCGGGCUCGGGGCGGUGCGGAGCUGCUCGGCUCCGUUUCGCCCCCUUCGGCUUGGUUCCGUUCGGUUCGGCGCGCGUCGGCUCGGCUCGGCUCGGAGCGGAUUGGAUCGGAUCUAAGCGGAUCGGGUCGGAGUAAAGCUCGGCACAGCCCGCGGAGCCCGGAUCGCGGCGGGGAUGGCGGUGCCGGAGCCGGACGCGCGGCUGGCGCAGGAGAAGGAGGAGGAGAGCGAGGAGGAGAGCGAGGUGCUGGAGGAGAGUCCCUGCGGCCGCUGGCAGAAGCGCCGCGAGCAGGUGAACCAGGGGAACAUGCCUGGCAUCCAGAGCACCUUCCUGGCCAUGGACACCGAGGAGGGCGUGGAGGUGGUGUGGAACGAGCUGCUCUUCACCGACAGGAAAGCCUUCAAAGCUCACGAGGAGAAGAUCCAGACCAUGUUUGAGCAGCUGGUGCUGGUGGAUCACCCCAACAUCGUCAAACUGCACAAGUACUGGCUGGACGUCCGGGACUGCAAGGCCCGGGUGAUCUUCAUCACGGAGUACGUGUCCUCGGGGAGCCUCAAGCAGUUCCUGAAGAAGACCAAGAAGAACCACAAGGCCAUGAACGCCCGGGCCUGGAAGCGCUGGUGCACCCAAAUCCUCUCGGCUCUCAGUUUCCUGCACUCGUGCCAGCCCCCCAUCAUCCACGGGAACCUGACCAGCGACACCGUGUUCAUCCAGCACAACGGGCUCGUCAAGAUCGGCUCCGUUUGGCACCGGGUGUUUGCCAACGCGCUCCCGGACGAUCUGCGCAGCCCCAUGAGGAUCGAGCGCGAGGAGCUGCGGAACCUGCACUUCUUCCCGCCGGAAUACGGCCAGCAGGCAGACGGCACGGCCGUGGACAUCUUCUCCUUCGGGAUGUGCGCGCUGGAGAUGGCCGUGCUGGAGAUCCAGACCAACGGGGACACGCGGGUGUCGGAGGAGGCGAUCGCACGGGCCCGGCACUCCCUGGAUGACCCCAACAUGAGGGAGUUCAUCCUGUCCUGCCUGACCCUGAACCCCGAGAGGCGCCCCAGCGCCAACAGCCUCCUGUUCCACCGCGUGCUCUUCGAGGUGCACUCGCUGAAGCUGCUGGCAGCCCACUGCUUCAUCAACCACCAGUACCUGAUGCCAGAGAACGUGGUGGAGGAGAAGAUCAAGGAGCUGGACCUGAACAUGGUGAUGGCCGAGAUCCGCAGGGAGGGCCGGCCCGGCGUGCAGUGGAGGUACUCCGAGGUUUCCUUCCUGGAGCUGGACAAGUUCUUGGAGGAUGUCAGGAACGGGAUUUACCCCCUGAUGAACUUCGCAGCCUCCCGGCCGCACGCGCUGCCCCGCGCCCUGUCCCAGCCCCAGGAGGACCCCCAGAAAGCCAAGACCCCCACGCCAGAGCCCUUCGACGUGGAGACCAGGAAGGUGGUGCAGAUGCAGUGCAACAUGGAGCUGAACGAGGACAAGAGCCAGUGGCAUCUCACGCUCCUGCUGAUCCUGGAGGACAAGCUGCACCGCCAGCUCAGCUACGACCUGCUGCCCACUGACAACUCCAAGGAUCUGGCCACAGAGCUGGUGCACUAUGGAUUCAUCCACGAGGACGACUGUGAGAAGCUGGCCGCGUUCCUGGAGAGCGCCUUCCACAAGCACCGCUCCCAAGCCCUGUGAGCCCAGCCCAGGGGACUGAGGCGCCCCCGGGAGGAUCCCAAAGGGCUCCCCCGCCCCACGCAGCUCUGCAGGACCCACCCGGGCCCUCGGGGACCCGCCCAGCCCGCGCUCUGGGCAGGCAGCAGCCGGCAGAGGACUCGGCCGAGCCCGGGAGCUCCGUCCCAGGACGUGCCCUGGUCCUGCUCCGAGGGGAGCUGUGGGGAGGGGGCAGCACCCCCGGCAGCCCCUUCCCAGGGGGUUGGGAGCUGCUGCAGGAGCCCCCGGGCGGAUCCAUCUCCCCCUGGGAACGGUCAGCCCCUCUCCUGCAGGUCCCACCGCUGAUUUCCCCCUCUCUGCCAUCGGGAGUGCUCCUUGCUGAGGGGAGGGCAGGAGCAGGCUUGGAGAGCCCCCUGGAGCUUCCCACCUGCCACAUUCCGCUCCCAGCCCCGAAAUUCUCCAGGUCUGAGGUCCCCAGCGUGCUGCCUGUGCUCAGAGCCCUCCCCGUGAGCUGGGACUGUGUGAGCUGGACGUGGCUCCAGAAGGAAUCCCUGACCCACCACCAGGAAUCUCAUUGAUGCUCCACAGAAUCCUCGUCAUGCCCCAGUUCUCCCUCCAGCCUUCCAGAAUCUCUCAGGAGAGAGCCCUGGUGCCUGUUCCUGCCUGGCCUGGAGAUGGGGCACGGCCACUGGCACCACCCCAGGGCUGCCCUUUGCCAGGGACACACGGGGAGAGAACUGCAAACAGGAAUUGUCCCUGUGCAAGAGCCGUGUGGGGCUGCUCCUGGGAGAGCUGGCUCUGAAAUCCUGCUCCUGGGAAAGCUGGCUCUGAAAUCCUGCUCCUGGGAGAGCUGGCUCUGAAAUCCUGCUCCUGGGAAAGCUGGCUCUGAAAUCCUGCUCCUGCUGCUCCUGCUGUGCCAGGGACAGCUGCUCUGAAAUCCUGCUCUGUGCUGGUGCUGCUCCUGCUGUGCCAUUGGAAACUGGCUCUGAAAUCCUGCUCCUGCUGUGCCAGGGAAAACUGCUCUGAAAUCCUGCUCUGUGCUGCUCCAGCUGUGCCAGGGAAAACCACCUCUGGCAUCCUGCUCUGUGCUGCUCCUGCUGUGCCAUAGGAAACUGGCUCUGGCACCCUGGGCUGCGCUGCUCUGUGCCAGGGUUUGUGCCAGUGCUGCUCCUGUUGCUCCUACCAGGGAAAUCUGCCCCUGGCACCCUGCUCUGUGCCAGUGCUGCUGCUGCUGUGCCAGGGAAAUCUGCCCCUGGCACCCUGCUCUGUGCUGUGCUGGUGCUGCUCCUGCUGCACGGGGGAUAUCCAGCUCUGGCACUGCCCUGGUGAUCUGCACCCCGCUGGUGUUCCAUGCCAGUGUUCUGUGCUGGUGCUGCUCCUGCUGGGCCAGGGAAAUCUGCCCCUGGCACCCUGCUCUGUGCCAGUGCUGCUGCUGCUGUGCCAGGGAAAUCUGCCCCUGGCACCCUGCUCUGUGCCAGUGCUGCUCCUGCUCUGCCAGAGCAAUCUGGCUCUGGCAUCCUGUGUUGUGCCAGUGCUCUGUGCUGCUCCUGCUGUGCCAGGGAAAACUGGCUCUGGCACCCUGCUCUGUGCUGGUGCUGCUGCUGCUGUGCCAGGGAAAUCUGCCCCUGGCACCCUGCUCUGCUCUGUGCUGGUGCUGCUGCUCCCUCUGUGCUGGGGGAAUCAGCUCUGGUUCUGUCCUGGUGGUCUGCACCACUCUGGUGUUCUGUGCUGCUGCUGCUGUGCCAGGGAAAACUGCCCCUGGCACCCUGCUCUGUGCUGGUGCUGCUCCUGCUCUGCCAGGUAAAACUGCCCCUGGCACCCUGGUCUGCGCUGCUCUGUGCUGUGCCAGUGCUGCUGCUGCUGGGCCAGGGAAAGCUGGCUCUGAAGUCCUGCUCUGUGCUGCUGCUGCUGCUGCUGCUGCUCCCCUGUGCCGUGGGAAGCUGCCUCUGGCCUCCUGCUCCGUGCUGGAGUUCCACUCCCUGCAGCAGCUCCGUGUGCUGCCACCUGCCCCGCUCUGCUCCAGCUGCGUCCCACCGGGAUUUCAUCCACGCUCAGCCAGCUCGGGCUGCACUCCUGGCUUGGGCUGCAGCCCCAGCAGUGCUGCAUUCCCAGCAGUGCUGCAUUCCCAGCAGUGCUGCAUUCCCAGCAGUGCUGCACUCCUGGCUCGGGCUGCAGCCCCAGCCCUGCUCUAUCCACAGCGGUGCUGCAUUCCCAGCCCUGCUCCAUUCCCAGCCCUGCUCCAUCCCCAGCCCUGCUCCAUCCCCAGCCCUGCUCCAUCCCCAGCAGUGCCAAUGUUCCACCUGACAAAUCAAUAAAGCUCAUUCCCACUGGA